AUGCCUCUGCCAUGGAAGAAGCCGAAGGUUUCCGCGAUCUCACGGAUCGUAGCAGAUCUUCCAUCGCCCAAACACGGCCACUCCCUAGUCGUCCAGACCGGUUUCCCCACAUCCCUUGUGGAUCUCUUCUGGAAGAAUCACGACCGGAUUAAGAAACCCUACUCCAAAUUGAUGAAGAAGCACCACCAUAACCAGAACCAAGAGGAUCAAUUGUUGAACGAGCCUGAAACCCAUUUGUGUGAUUUCUUCGAAAGUGAUGAAUUCAGCGGCUCCUCCGUGGUUGAGGAAAUACAGCAGGAGGCUGAAUUUCCUGCGGCUGGGGAAACACAGAGCUGCCACAAGGACAAGCACAAAAGAAAGAUGAUGAAGAAGCUGGUGCCCAAGCAGUUGCGCCAUAGAAAGAAGGGGAAACAUGUUGAGGUACUGCAAGAGGACGUGGUGGAUGAGAUUCAGCCUGAUGAAAUUGUUGUGACAGAGUUUAGUGGAAGAAGAGAGGGAAGCAAAUUGAAGAGAAGUGGCGGCGAGCCGUUUGGUCAUCAUCGUAAAGGCAAGUUGUUGAUAUUGGAUGUGCUGACUGAACAAGUGAACGAAGAAUGUGAAGUUGGAAUGGAUCAGAGAGUACAUGGAAAGGAGGGAAAAGGGUUAGAUAGUGAACUAUUGGAAGAAGGUAAAUCAGAAACCUUGGUUGCGAUUGAGGAACAGAGAGAGAUAAAAAAGAAGAGUAAAUUGAGCUGGUUGGUAAUUCUUCUUGCUGUUCUGGUUGGACUUGCCGGGGGACGAAUUCUGGCGCUUCUGCUGGCGGUGGCUUCGUGUUUGAUGUUGAAGUUGGUCGUUGGAAGACGAAAGAAUCGUGUAAAUGAUAAGGCAUUGAAGGGUUCUUCUGCCUCGUUCUCCAAAUAG